CACGCGUUUAAAGAGACCUUUCGCACGUGCUCACUUCAACUAGGAUUUGGUAUGGUCAAAACAUGCACGUGUCAGCCCAGCCCUCUCGGUCCUGGUCCAGGUGUUAUAUUCUCUCGCUCAACUUCUGCCUCACUCUCCACAUCACCACCCCAAUUCGCUCACUUUCGGAUCCCAAUAUCAGUAGUUGAUUACAAACGCUAAGAUUUUGAUGCAGUGAAAGCAAGUUGUUACAAUAGCGGCAAUGGAGAAGGAAAAACCAGUGAAUUUCACUUACAUGGGGAGAAGCUUUGGAGAUAUGAAAGAUGAUUCGUCAGCUUUUAGUGAAUGCAAUAGCGACGGAUCGGGGGAGUUUCCAACGGCUUCGUCCGAAAGCCGGAGACUGUUAUUGGCGUGCGUUUCGGAGAAUUCAGAUGAUCUUCUUCGGCAGCUGGUUGCGGAUCUUGAAUCCUGUUCGAUUGACGAGCAAAAGCAAGCCGCCAUGGAAAUUAGACUAAUGGCUAAGAACAAGCCAGAGAAUCGUAUAAAAAUCGCAAAAGCCGGAGCGAUUAAGCCUUUAAUUUCACUAAUCUCAUCUUCUGAUCUUCAGCUUCAAGAGUACGGAGUUACAGCCAUAUUGAAUCUCUCUUUAUGCGACGAGAACAAAGAAUUGAUAGCUUUAUCAGGAGCGAUAAAGCCACUUGCAAGAGCUCUUAAAACAGGCACAUCAACAACUAAAGAAAACGCUGCUUGUGCUCUGCUUCGUUUAUCUCAAGUUGAAGAGAACAAAAUCGCAAUCGGACGAUCAGGAGCGAUUCCAUAUCUAGUUAAUCUUCUCGAAAACGGAGGUUUUCGCGGGAAAAAGGACGCAUCCACGGCUUUAUAUUCUCUCUGCUCGGUCAAGGAAAACAAAAUCAGGGCCGUCAAGGCGGGGAUCAUGAAACCGCUGGUGGAAUUAAUGGCUGAUUUCGAGUCAAACAUGGUCGACAAGUCAGCGUACGUUAUGAGCCUGCUAAUACCCUUAACGGAAGCAAAAUCGUCGUUGGUUGAGGAAGGUGGGAUUCCGGUUUUGGUGGAGAUCAUAGAAGUGGGAUCACAGAGACAGAAGGAGAUCGCGGUGGCAAUAUUAUUACAGCUUUGUGAAGAAAGUGUGGUGUACCGUACUAUGGUGGCCCGCGAAGGAGCGAUUCCUCCCUUGGUCGCUCAGUCUCAGUCCAGCACAGAUCGCGCCAAUCAAAAGGCGGAGACACUGAUAGAGCUUCUACGGCAACCGAGAUCCGGCGACGUCGCUGCAACAGCGUCAGAUGUGUCAGUGUAAAGCGUGCGCCUCCACAUGUCCAUGUACUGAAAAAAACAUUUAAACGAUUACAUAGUUUUGAAAAAGAAUUGUAGAUAUUUUGUGUAAUGGAGCUUGUAGAAUUUGUGCUAAUGGUCUGAAUUUGGUUGGCGUUUUUAAAUUUAAAAAAAAAAAAAAUUUUAUGGCCA